ACGCUGUUUAAACUCGCCAUGUAUUUCCCAGAUUCACGUGCAUUAACAUGGGAGGUUCCCCGCUUUGACGGCUGGUACAACAGUUUGGGUUUUCCCAGACGCGGAGCUGUGGGUUCUCAUCUUAUGCGCCUCGUGCCCGCGCAUUACUGGGACGGAGUUUACCAAGUUGUCCAGGAGCCAUGGCUGCCAAACCCCCGCGGACUGAGCAGAGUACUGGCCGAGGGGCCCUCCGGUCUGCCCUCCACACGCAACCAAACCGUGCUUUCUCUCUUUUUUGGAUAUCAUGUAGCUUUUGAAAUUUUUGACUCAAGAACUCCUGGAUGUCCACCCGAGUUCAUGAACAUCCCAGUCCCAAAAGGUGACCCUGUCUUUGACCCGACUGCCACCGGAAAAGUCCUGCUGCCCUUCCAGAGAGGACCCUGGGACAAAGAGUCUGGACAGAGUCCCAGUAACCCUCGCACACAGGUCAACUUAGUGACAGCAUGGAUCGAUGGCAGCUCAAUUUAUGGCCCCUCCACCUCCUGGUCUGAUGCUCUGAGAAGCUUCUCUGGAGGGCUCUUGACUUCAGGUUCUGAGUGGAACAUGCCAAAACAAGGAGGAGGACGAAAUCUCAUGUGGAGUGCUGCUGACCCCUCUACAGGAGAACACGGACCCCAUGGGCUUUAUGAAUUGGGAAAUGCAUGGGCCAAUGAGAACAUAUUCACGGCAGCAGAAGGGAUUAUCUGGUUUCGCUACCACAAUUAUUUAGCCUCCAAACUGCAUCAGGAACACCCAGAGUGGUCAGACGAAGAGCUGUUUCAGAACGCCAGGAAGACCAUUGUAGCCACUUUCCAGAAUAUUGCACUCUACGAGUGGCUGCCUGGAUACCUGGGUGGCAAAACGCUUCCUCCUUACCCAGGUUACCAGAAGUUUGUUGACCCAGGAAUCUCUCCUGAGUUUCAGGCUGCUGCCAUUCGAUUUGGUAUCACUAUGGCCCCACCUGGUGUUUACAUGAGAGAUAGACCCUGCCAUUUUCGGAAGAUUAUCAAUAUAGAUGGCAGCUUGUCACCAGCUGUGCGUCUUUGUAACAGCUUUUGGAAACGUCAGGCACCCAAUGUGAAGACAAGUCAGGACAUAGAUGACCUCCUUAUGGGCAUGGCUUCCCAGAUUGCAGAAAGAGAAGAUAAUAUUGUUGUGGAGGACCUGAGAGACUACAUGUAUGGACCCCUGAGGUUCACCCGGACAGAUUUGGUGGCCCUGACUAUCCAGAGAGGAAGAGACUUUGGUCUGCGAAGUUACACUGAGGUCAGAGAAGCUCUGGAUCUGCCUCCUGUAAAAACAUUUGAGGACAUAAAUCCUGAGCUCAGCCACACCAACCCGCAGUUGCUUCGAGAUGUUGCAGAGCUGUAUAACGGAGACAUCUCAAAACUGGAGCUCUUCCCUGGAGGACUGCUGGAAUCUGUGGAUGGCCCGGGUCCGGUGUUCUCUGCCAUAAUCUUGGACCAGUUUGAACGCAUUAGAAAUGGAGAUCGCUUCUGGUUUGAGAAUAAACAGAAUGGUUUGUUUACAGAUGAGGAGAUCCAGACAAUCCGCAAAGUGACAUACUAUGACGUGCUUAUUGCAGUCACCAGAGCAGAGGCCACCGAUAUACAAAAUAGUGUGUUCUUCUGGAAGGAUGGUGAUCCUUGUCCCCAGCCCACACAGCUGAGUGCAUCAGUGCUCUGUCCCUGCACUAAUGCUACCAAACUUAAUUACUUUGACGGGAGCAAACCGGGCUUUGGGAUAUUUAUUGUCGUUCUCUUCCUCUUUCCUGUUGUGAGUUUUCUCGUGGCCUGUAUGGUGGCAUAUCUUCGCAAGUACAGAUACAGCAAGUUCGAGAGAAGAAGAAAGGCUGGUGAUAAAACAGAGCAGCCAGCUGUGGGAAUCAUAGCCUAUGAGUGGCAGGGCCCUAAAAAACAUCUGCAGCCUGUCAGUGUGGAUGUGGAUGAGAAGAGAAGAUUGCAGGUCUUUGAUAAAUCUGGAACUGCACAGCGCUGCCUUAGUCUAGGCAACCAGGACCACCUAGAUGUCCUUCUCUCCACUGACUGCCACUGUAAAGCUCUGCUGCUCAAAGUACCAAAGGAGUAUGAUCUGGUGCUGUUUUUUGAUGACGAGAGCAAACGUACAGCAUUUGUCAGACAUCUGUGCCUGAGGGUCACAGACAUCGGGCUGGAGAUUAGGGUGAAGGAGAUGAGAGAGAAGGAAGUGCUGAAGGAGGCCUUGACCAGAGAGCAGAGGGCUCAGAUUGUGGAAACUUUCAUUCGACACGCUUUCUCUAAGGUCUUAGAAAUAGAGAAGUGUGAUGCUGGGGACAUGAGUGGCGUUUCCCGUGAGAGAGCCAGAGAGGUUCUCCGGUGUGAGCUGACAGCAUCAGAGGUUGCUGAUGCACUGGGCCUCAAGUCUGACUCUUUAUUUGUGGACUCCAUGUUCACACUAGCUGAUAAAGAUGGAAACGGGUACCUCUCCUUCCAAGAGUUCCUUGAUGUUAUAGUUAUCUUUAUGAAAGGGUCUCCUGAAGAAAAAUCCAAACUGAUGUUCUCCAUGAACGACAUUAAUGGAACUGGUUUUUUGUCAAAAGAAGAAUUUGCCAGAAUGCUCAGGUCUUUUAUUGAAAUCUCCAAUGGUGCUCUGUCAAAGAGCCAAGCAGAGGACGGCAUCAAGGCCAUGAUGCAGGCUGCAGGCUUUGAAGACAAGGAGAAAAUCUCAUGGGAGGAUUUUCAUUUUCUCCUGCGGGACCACGAGAAGGAGCUCCAGUUUGCUCAACUCAAUGUCAAAGGGAUGGAGAAACAGGGCAAGAAGCGACUGAGUCGAGAGCAGAGAGUAUCCUUCAUCUGUCCAGCAAACAGCAACAAGACAGAUGGACAGGACAUCCGAAGACGGAAAAAGUCAAGCAUGAACACUCCAAAUGUCUAUGUAAAGCCCAAGCGUAAACGGUACAUAAGGAACCCAGUCCAGCAGAAGAUCCAGGAGUUCAAACGCUUCAUUGAGAAUUAUCGGCGUCAUAUUGUUUGCUUCAUCAUUGUAUAUGGGAUCACAGCUGGUGUGGCACUUGAAAGAUGCUACUACUACGGUUUGCAGGCUGAAAAUACUGGCAUGCCUGAGACUUCAGUUGUGGGCAUCAUUGUGUCUCGUGGAUCAGCAGCCGCCAUCUCUUUUCUGUUUCCGUACAUGCUCCUCACUGUGUGCCGCAACCUCAUCACAUUGUGCCGAGAGACUUUCCUCAACCGAUACAUCCCCUUUGAUGCAGCUAUUGACUUCCAUCGCUUCAUGGCCAUGACUGCCAUCAUCCUUUCAGUUGUUCAUAGUUUGGGCCAUGUGGUCAACAUCUACAUCUUCUCCAUCAGCAACCUCAGCAUUCUGGCUUGUCUGUUCCCAAAGGUCUUCUCCAACAAUGGGUCUGAACUUCCUCUCAAGUGGUCAUGGUGGUUCUUUCAAACUAUUCCAGGAAUGACUGGUGUCUUGCUUCUUUUUACUUUAUCAUUUAUGUACGUUUUUGCCUCAUACUAUUUCCGUCGCAUCAGUUUUCGUGGAUUUUGGAUCACACAUUACCUCUACAUUGUUGUGUACAUUCUAACAGUUAUUCAUGGCAGCUUCGGCCUUCUCCAAGAGCCCCGUUUCUACAUCUAUCUGAUCCCUCCUGCCCUGCUCUUCCUGCUGGACAAACUCAUCAGCUUGAGCAGGAAGAAGUUGCAGAUCCCAGUGGUCAGAGCUGAGCUGCUGCCUUCAGGUGUGACGCACCUGGAGUUUAAGCGACCACAGGGUUUUGUUUAUCGUUCAGGCCAGUGGGUUCGCAUAGCAUGUCUGAUGUUGGGCACAGAUGAGUACCACCCAUUCACACUGACAUCAGCACCUCACGAAGAGACCCUCAGCCUGCAUAUCCGAGCUGUGGGACCCUGGACCAGCCAGCUCCGAGAGCUCUACACUGAAGAAAGCCUGCUCGAGCUUGGAGCCUACCCAAAGCUGUACUUAGACGGCCCUUUUGGUGAGGGCCAUCAGGAGUGGACUGACUUUGAGGUCUCUGUUCUGGUGGGAGGAGGAAUCGGAGUCACCCCAUUUGCUUCCAUCCUCAAAGACUUAGUGUUCAAGUCAUCCAUUAAGUCCAAGAUUCAGUGUAAAAAGGUGUACUUCAUCUGGGUGACUCGGACGCAGCGUCAGUUUGAGUGGGUGUCCGACAUCAUCAGGGAGGUGGAGGAGAUGGACACUCAGGAGCUGGUCUCAGUCCACACUUACAUCACUCAGGUGGCCGAGAAGUUUGACCUCCGUACCACCAUGCUGUACGUGUGUGAGCGCCACUUCCAAAAGGUCUGGAACCGCAGUCUCUUCACUGGCCUGCGAUCUGUCACCCACUUUGGCCGUCCACCGUUCGUGUCCUUUUUCACCUCACUCCAAGAAGUUCACCCUGAUGUGGGAAAAAUUGGUGUUUUCAGCUGUGGACCACCAGGACUGACCAAGAAUGUGGAGAAAGCUUGCCAGCAGAUGAACAAGAGGGAUCAGGCUCAUUUCAUUCAUCACUAUGAAAACUUCUAACUUAUCCUCAGCACACGGUUACAGAAGAGCCACUUUACACCGGAUAACACAAGUUACUACAGCGGUUAUUUAGUAAAAAUCAAUCAGAGAGACAAUGUAGGAACUUUUGUUUUUAUGUAAUACUGAAUAGUGAGUGAAAGAUACUUGUCUUCUGAUCAUAUGUGCCUCCCUUAUUUUUUAUUUUUUCAUCAUAAGUAUUAUUACUGUCAUUACAAAUAGUCAAGGAUGGAAAAUUUUCACUUCAUGUAAA